CAGCCGGACGCCAGGACAGCCAGUCAGGCAGCAAGUUGCUCCGGACCAUCGCUACAAGCGCAGUGCGCUCCGCUGCGUCGACACAGCCAGCGGCCAGGCCGACAGGCUCGCCGUCGCCCGUGCUCGUGCCGAGCCGCCGGCCGGUGUCUUCGCAUCGGGGCGCGUAAGAGUCACGUCCAGUCAUCGAGACAGCGCGUCGCGAGACAGACCGACCAACUUCGAUAAGAUGGACGUGCUCGCCGCUCGGGUGGCAGCCCCAGCCCCCCUUCUGAGCGCUCCAGCCAUGUUGCAGCUCUCGUCGUUCGCAUCCGCCAUCGACGCGCACAUGCUGCUCAACGCGUCGCUCGCCGUCGUCUGGCUCGGCUCGCUCUUCUUCCUGCUGCCGUCGCGCCGCCGCGUGCAGCUCGAGGAGGACAGCGCCGAGCAGCAGGCUGCAGCUGAGCGAGCACAGCGCCUCGCCGGCACCGCCAUCGACGAGCCGCAGUUCCACGCCAGCGUGCGACGCUCACGCGCUGCGCUUGUCACGCUCUGCGGCUGCGCUCUGGCGCUGCAUCUCGCACAGGUCAUCCAGCGGCCGCCAUCGACGUGGCAGACUGCGACGCCUCAUGCCGUCGCGAUCGCACUCUGGCUCAACAUGCUCGUCCUGUCCGCACGCGGCCACUCGCAGUCGCGCUUCGGCAAUCUGGCGCACCUCUUCUCGCUGGCGUGCAUCUUCAGCGGUGUGCGCAUCUGGGACCUGCUGCUACCGCCAAAGCCGCGCCACGGUGUGCCACCGCCAGAGGGCUACCUGUUCCUUCCGCCACUGGAGGUCGCCUCGGUCUCGCUGUCGCUGCUCGCGGUCGCGCUCAGCGGCACGGCUCGUGUCGGUCCCGCCCGCGAGUACUCGCCGCUGCCGGGCAAGGAGCCGCCGCGCCCGGUAUUGCCCAUGGGCAGCGGAGGUGCCUCUCUGUUGGGCAGGCUCUAUUUUGCCCACUGCUUCUCCGUGGCACGCCUGGCGUGGAAGAAGGGCUACCUCGAGCCGACCGCGUUCAGCCUCAUCGAUGGCUCAAACAAGGCCGAGCUCCUCUACGCCGAUUUCAAGCGCACCUAUGCCGAGGCGGUCGCUACGCGGCGUGUGCAGCUGCAGGAGAAGGUCGGGGAUCUGCGUGCUGCCUGGCCGCUGAUCAAGGCGCUCUGCCGAGCGAACGCAAGCCGCCUGAUCGUCUCAAACAUCCUCGCCUUCAUCGGCGGCAUGGGCUUCUACGCUCCAGCGUUCUGCACCAACGGCCUGAUCUCGAUUCUCGAGCGCCAGACAGAGAAGAGCAGUGGCGGCGAGCGCGCCGAGCAAGGCCUGAUCUUCUGCGUCGGCCUCUUCGCCGCCAUCGUGAUCCAGUCCAACAUCCUGGCGCAGAGCUGGAUGGUCGCAAUGGCCGAGCUGCCGCAGCGCAUGCGCGCGCAGAUUACGACGAGCGUGUACGCCACGGCGCUGCGCCGCAAGGAUGUCACGGCGACUUCGACGGCUGCCGAGGGCGACGCAGACUCGUCGGACGACGCAUUUGCCUCCAAGGCGCAGGUCAUUACGCUCACGACUGUCGACGCGGCGCGCAUCUCCGAGAUUCCAAUGUCGCUCCAGAUCCUCCUCAUGUCGCCCGCCGAGCUGCUCGUCGGCGGCUACUUCAGCAUCAAGCUGCUCGGCACGGGCGCGCUGCUCGGCUUUGCCUCGUCGCUCAUGCUGCAGCCGCUGGUGCUCGGCAUCGGCAAGUACAUCAUGCGGCGCACGACGCAGCUGCAGAAGAAGCGCGACGAGCGCGGCGCCAUGCUGGGCGAGGCGCUGUCGGCGAUGCGCAUGCUCAAGUUCAACGCGUGGGAGGACGCCAUGUCGCGGCGCAUCCUGCGCGUGCGCAAGGAUGAGCUGGGCCAACAACGCAGUGUGUGGCUCGCGACUAUCCUCAACCAGCUGCUCUUCAACUUCACGCCGACGCUCGUGACGCUCGUGGCGUACGGCUACUUCAGCCUGGGCGAGGGCCGUGCCCUCACGCCGUCGGUGGCAUUCACCGCCAGCGCCGUGCUCGCCGAGCUGCGCUGGGCUUUUCUCAACAUCCCGCUCGGCGUCAACCAGCUGUCGCAGGCGCUCGUGUCCCUCGCGCGCGUGGCACGCUAUCUGGACCGGGCUGAAGACGACCUCGUGCCGCUGGCGCCAAGCACGACGCUUGCCGGCAAGGUCGGCUGCAAGGACGCCACGAUCGCAUGGCCGCGCACCGGAGGUCCGGCGGUGCAGGGCAGUGCUGCGAGCAGUGCGGCCUUUGCCCUGCGCUCCGUCUCGCUCGAGGCCGUGCCGGGCGCGCUGAAUCUCGUCUGCGGCAAGAUCGGCGCCGGCAAGACGCUGCUGCUGCUCGGCCUCCUUGGCGAGUGCGACGUGCUCGACGGCGAGGUGUCGUGCCCGCACACCCCCGCCGAUGCCAUUCCGCUCGAAGGCAGCGCCGCGAAGGCGACUGGCGCCUGGCUGUGCCCGGACCGAUCGGCGUACAUGCCGCAGGCCACGUUCCUCAUCAACGCCACGGUGCGCGACAACAUUCUGUUCGGCACAGAGUGGGACGAGGUGCGCUAUGCGGACACGCUGAAUGCCUGCGGCCUGCUGCCGGACCUGGCGAUCCUCGAGGACGGCGACGAGACGGAGGUCGGAGAGUCGGGCGUCGGUCUGUCCGGCGGUCAGAAGGCCCGCGUAUCUCUGGCGCGCGCAGUCUACUCCCGUGCGCAGACGCUGCUGCUAGACGACCCACUGUCGGCCGUCGACGCGGCGACUGCUGCGCACAUCGCCGCGGAGCUCUUCUCUGGCCGAGGCUACCUGAUGGAGGCCCGCACAGUGCUGCUCGUCUCGCACGCCGUCCAGCUCGUCGCUCCCCACGCCGCUCAGGUGGUCGUCCUCGAUGGCGGCCGGGUGGCGUACGCCGACACGUCCGAGGCGUUCCUGCGGUCAGACUUCUACAGCGGACUGAUCGAGGAGGCCGAGGAGGAGGAAGUCAAGCCCGCUCACGAGGAGUCAGAGAGUAGCUCUGGCACCUCGACGCCGUUCGAGAAGGCCGCGACGCCGCUGCCCACGGCAAAGAAGGCCGGCAGCAGUGCGCCCGCGAAGCUGGUGCAAGAGGAGAAGCGGGCGCGCGGCGCGGUGCGCGCCGCCAUCUACGCCGGCUACCUUCGAGCGGCAGGCGGCUUGUUGGCGUGCGCAGCUGUGCUCGGCAGCUAUGCCGCAGCCGCACUGUUCGCCCUCGUCGUGCAGUAUUGGCUGAAAGACUGGACAGCCGAUGUGAUUGCACCCGUGCGCCAGCACUCGGACGCCUGGUGGUUCUGGCGCUGGGCUGGCAUCUCCGCCGUGCAGAUUCUGCUCUGGACCAGCCGCGGCUGCAUCUACUUUGCCAGCCUGGCGGCGUCGCGCCGGCUCUUUGACGCCCUGCUCGCCACGGUCCUCGGCGCGCCGAUGCGCUUUCACGAGGCCACUCCGCGCGGGCGCAUCCUGAACCGCUUCAACGAGGACAUUUCGGCAGUCGACUCGGGCCUCGUCGCAGUGCUCGACAAGACGAUUGAGGCAGGCUUUGUAGUCGUGUCGUCGUUUAUCGGCGUGUCGGUCGGCUCGGGCGGCCUGACCUUUCUCCUCGCGACAGCGCUGCUCUCGCCGGCGUACAUCAUCCUCGGCGGAGCGUACGCCGCCGCCGCUCGCGAUGCGCGCAGACUCGCCUCGACGAGCACGUCGCCCGUCGUCUCGACGUUUUCGGACCUCAUCAGCGGCGCGGCUGUUGUGCGAGCGUUCGGCGCGUCCAAGCACGGCAUGGCGGCGCUGAUGCGGCGUCUCGACGAGGCCAACUCGUACACGGUCUGGGUGCCGCAUCUGCAGCGCUGGAUCGGGCAGCUCUUCAUGACGCUCAGCGCAUGCGCCGUUUUUGUCGCCUCGCUGGGCAUCUUGCUCUCGCCGAGUGUGUCUGCCGCCCAGGCCGCCUUUGCGCUGGGCUUCCUCAUCACCGUGCCCGAGCGCCUGCUGCACCUCAUCUUCCUCUACGCCAACCUCGAGCAGAAGCUCGUCAGCGUCGAGCGCGUCGUCGAGUGGCUCGACGAGGUGCCGACCGAGAGCGCUGCUGAGGAGGAGAGCACAAAGAUGACGCCUCCAAAGGGCUGGCCGACAAGCGGCGCGGUGGACGUGAGCAAGCUCUGCGUCUCGUACGGCCCGGACCUGCCGCUCGUGCUCGAGGACGUCAGCUUUGCGAUCCCUGCAGGCACCAAGCUCGGCGUGGUGGGAGCAACUGGAUGCGGCAAGACGACGCUGGCGACGAGCUUCUUCCGCAUGGUGCUGCCGCAGAGCGGCUCGAUCCGCAUCGACGGCGUCGAUAUUGCGCAGCUGAGCCUCAACGACUUGCGCUCGAGCCUGCAGAUCGUGCCUCAGGACCCGAUCGUCUUGUCUGGCCCGUUGCGCAGCACCGUGGACCCCUUUGAGGAGUACGCGGAUGCCGAAGUGCUGCAGGCGCUGCGAGCCGUGCACCUCAUCGGGCCCAGCGCGGAGGCUGGAGCGGGCGCAGUAGAGAAUUCGGCUUCGGGCGGACACAACUUUGCAGACCUCUCCUCGGAGAUCGCAGAGGGCGGCGGGAAUCUGAGCUCGGGGCAGCGGCAGCUGCUGUGUCUUGCACGCGCGGUGCUGCGCCGCUCCAAGUUCAUCGUGUUCGACGAGGCGACUUCCUCUGUCGAUGCUGAUACGGACGCCAAGCUACAAGAGACGCUGCGUCAGACCUUUGCUGAGUCGACGACGAUCACCAUCGCGCACCGUAUCCGCACCGUCGUCGACGGCGAUCUCGUGCUCGUCAUGGAUCGCGGGCGCAUUGUUGAGCUAGCAGCGCCGCACGAGCUGCUCGCGCGGCCGGAGAGUCGCUUCUAUCGCCUCUGUCGAGCGUCGGGCAAGGCCGAGUUCCGCCUGCUCACGAGACUGGCGCAGGAGGCGGCGCAGCGGCGCUCGAUUUAGAACACAGGAGCAUGAAAAAGGGGGGGAAAGGAGAAUGCAAUUAGACGCCCUCGCCGACUUCGCU